UGACCAAUGUUCCCACUCGGGUUUAGGGUUUAGAGUAGUUGGGGCUAAUUUCCGCUCGGUGGUGGCCGUCUAGAUUAAGUACCCCUCAACUUUUUUUAGCCGACAGCCGUCGUCAUGUCCAACAACAAUGCCAGCAACAACUUAAUUACCGCUAAAAGGGCCGUGAAGCAGCUCCGGUUAGAGGCCAGUAUCCGGAGGAUCAAGGUGUCCCAGGCUGCUGCUGAGCUGAGGAACUUCUGUCUCCAAAAUGCCUCCAAGGACCCCCUCCUGGUCGGGGUCCCCUCCAGUGAUAAUCCCUUCAGACCCCCCAAGUCCUGUUCUCUGUUCUGAGCAGAAAGAAAGGUGGAGGAUUUCUGAAUUUACCCGUCGAAGGCUUUCUUUUCUUCUACUUGAUGUUGCUGUCGAUCGACCAGCAGCUCCUCUUGGGAUGAUGCACCAUGGGACUGAUGGGUUCGGGGGAAGGAACUGCUCCACUAGUUUGCCAAAUGUAAUGCUUUUAACUCCCAUCUGUUACAUUAAAGCAGGGCCAAACUCUACAUGUUAAAAAAAAAAAAUGUUAUUGACACUAACUUGACUAAUGAUUAAGCCGUUCUUGGUUUACCUAGUACUUAACAUGUCCAGUCUCAGUUUCUUUACCUAAUGGUGUCAGUGAAAUUCAACCCAUGUGAUUGGCUACUGAAAGUGCAACUUCCUCUUGUAUUUUGUGGGGCAGGUCAAACAUUAAUUUAAACCAGGUGCUGUUCAAGAACCAGAACAUGUCGUGUUACAUGUGUGUGUGUGUGUAUAUGUAUGUAUGUAUGUAUUGUAUUUUAUAUAUAUAUAUAUAUAUAUAUAUAUAUAUAUAUAUAUAUAUAUAUAUACACACACAAACACAGUAUUGUAUUGUGUGUCUUUAGAAAACACUGUGUAUGUGGCCAACAAACAUGCUGGUAGCUUUUGAACUAAAUUGAUUAGUGUCUACAACGAUUCAUGUAUUUAUGGCAAUGGUAAAGGUGUUCUACUACUAUUAUAAGGUACAGCAACAUGGUACAAACGCUAUCAGUGCAGGUCAUGGGACUGUCCUUUCAUCCAGCCUUUUUUCUGUAUAUAUUUAACAGCCUGUUAAAGGGGCGCUCUGCAGUUUUGGCCGUUUCUUUGCUGUUUUUGCUUUUUGCUCGCAGGUUCCUCUAUAGAGCUCCCCCUACAGCUUCGGAAUAGAUAUUUGGCAGCUCCUAUGUUUACUCGUGUCUGACUCCUCGAUCGGUCAGUCUGCUGUUUCCUCUUUCUCUGUGCCUCCGACAAUGCUUUCCUAGCUUUCUGCUUCUUUUUUGCCGGCUCAGCUAUGACGUUAAUGUGGUAAAAAAACAUUGCUACCUUGUUAGCCGGUUCCUGAAUGGGCGUAUGUGUGCAGUGCUGUGAAGCAAUUUGUUACAUCGCGAGGCCUGAUAUCACGCGAUACUUCCUGAUGCUGAGGCCGGCGUCUCUCCGGCCAAAAGUUGCUAGGGUGGUUUUUCAGCUCACAGGCGCUAGGGGGAGGCGAGACGACCACCAUUCAACUCAAAAAAAGUCAUAUAACCAUUCCAAUGACUCCGAAGCUGCUCAGUUAAGGUAAAUUAAGCUAAAAAAAAAAACUGCAUAGUUCCCCUUUUAAGGCUGCUUUUGUUAGCCUAUAUGUUCCUGUCUUUAAUUUAAAUAUAAAACACAUCAAGGCCUUACACUGUUUGGAUAGUGAAACCUGGUAGAACCUUUAAUGUAAUGGCCAAACCGCAAAUGUUAAUAUCUGUUCAAGACUUCCAAAAUAUUUUUUGUAUUGAAUGAAUCAUGCUGCAGUGACUUUAAUAAUAAUUUUCCACACUGGAAUCAUAUUCCAAUCAACCAAAACCUUUACUACUGUUAGCCUGUAUCUUUCUUAACUUUGCUAAUGUGGUCAACCUUUUAAAAAUUAAACUACUUUUUCGGACACUGA